GGUAGAGCACUAGCCUUGAGCAAAAGAAGCUCAGGGACAGUGCACAGGCCCCCUGAGUUCACCCUCAGUACUGACUUUUAAAAAAAAGAAAAAGAAAAAAAAAGUGUUCUUUAGACACUGAAAUGAGGCCUCCAGGGGGCAGCACAAAGGCAGAGAACUAGACAGAGCCCUCAGCCUUCCAGGCCCUGGGCUGGGGCUCCCCACAGUUUCCCGCCACCCCUCCUCCCAUUCCUUCCAACUUUAUUUUUAGCUGCCAGUGGGAGGGGGCAGGAUAGGAGGGAAAGUAAAGAAAACAGAGAGGGAGAGGGACGCGGGCACAGAGGACUUCUCACGCAGGGCACAAGGACCCAGCAUGGAGCUCACCCUCUUCCUUCACCUGUUCUUACCCCUGAUGCUACUGACAGCUCUCUGCACAUCGUUUAACCUGGAUGUGUAUCACCCACGUCUGUUCACCGGGCCACCAGAAGCCGAAUUUGGAUACAGUGUCUUACAACAUGUUGGAGGUGGACAGCGAUGGAUGCUUGUGGGCGCCCCCUGGGCUGGCCCGUCCGGUGACCGGACUGGGGAUGUUUAUCGCUGCUCUGUAGGGGUAACUCACAAUGCUUCAUGUGUCAAAAGCCACUUGGGUCACUGUCCACUGGGAAAUUCCUCUCAUCCAGCUGUGAACAUGCACUUAGGGAUGUCUCUGCUCAGCACAGCUGAUGAUGGAGAGUUCCUGGCCUGCGCCCCGCUCUGGUCUCGUGCCUGCGGCACCUCUGUCUUCAGUUCUGGACUGUGUGCCCUCGUGGAUGCCUCCUUCCAGCCCCGGGAAACCCUGGCGCCCACUGCCCAGCGCUGCCCCACAUACAUGGACGUUGUUAUUGUCUUGGAUGGCUCCAACAGCAUCUACCCCUGGUCUGAAGUUCAGACUUUCCUGCGGAGGCUGGUAGGGAGACUGUUCAUCGAUCCUGAGCAGAUACAGGUGGGGCUGGUGCAGUAUGGGGAGAGCCCUGCCCAUGAGUGGUCCCUCGGAGAUUUUCGGACCAAGGAAGAAGUGGUGAGAGCAGCGAGGAACCUCAGUCGGCGGGAGGGCAGAGAAACCAAGACUGCUCAAGCAAUAAUGGUGGCCUGCACCGAGGGAUUCAGCCAGUCCCGGGGUGGCCGACCAGAAGCCGCCAGGCUACUGGUCGUUGUCACAGAUGGAGAGUCACAUGAUGGGGAGGAUCUUCCUGCAGCGCUGGAGGCCUGUGAGGCAGGCAGGGUGACCCGCUAUGGAAUUGCGGUCCUUGGUCAUUACCUCCGACGGCAGCGAGACCCCAGCGCUUUCCUGCGAGAAAUCAGAGCCAUCGCCAGCGAUCCAGACGAGCGUUUCUUCUUCAAUGUCACUGAUGAGGCUGCGCUAACAGACAUUGUGGAUGCCCUAGGAGACCGAAUUUUUGGCCUUGAGGGGUCCCAUGGAGAAAAUGAAAGUUCCUUUGGGCUGGAAAUGUCUCAGAUUGGCUUCUCCACUCAUCGGCUAAAGGAUGGGAUUCUUUUUGGGAUGGUGGGCGCCUAUGACUGGGGCGGCUCAGUGCUCUGGCUUGAAGAAGGUCGCCGCCUUUUCCCUCCACGUACAGCCCUGGAGGAUGAGUUUCCCCCUGAAUUUCAGAACCAUGCAGCCUAUUUGGGUUACUCUGUUUCCUCCAUGCUUCUGCGGAGUGGACGCCGCCUCUUUCUCUCAGGGGCUCCUAGGUUCAGACAUCGAGGAAAAGUGAUUGCCUUCCAGCUGAAGAAAGAUGGGGCUGUGCGGGUCUUCCAGAGCCUCCAGGGGGAACAGAUUGGCUCCUACUUUGGCAGUGAACUUUGCCCUUUGGAUACGGAUAGCGAUGGAACAACAGACGUCUUACUUGUGGCUGCUCCCAUGUUCCUGGGACCCCAGAACAAGGAGACAGGACGUGUGUAUGUGUAUGCUGUGGGUCAGCAGUCUUUGCUGAUGCUCCAAGAAACACUUGAGCCGGCAGUCUCCCAGGACGCUCGGUUUGGUUUUGCCAUGGGAGCUCUUCCUGAUCUGAACCAAGAUGGUUUUGCCGAUGUGGCUGUGGGAGCACCUCUGGAGGAUGGACACCAAGGAGCGCUGUAUCUCUACCAUGGAACUAAGAGGGGAGUCAGACCUCAUGCUGCCCAGCGGAUUGCUGCUGCCUCCAUGCCACAGACCCUCAGCUACUUUGGCCGAAGUGUGGAUGGGCGGUUAGAUCUGGAUGGAGACGAUCUGGUAGACGUGGCUGUGGGUGCCCAUGGGGCAGCCAUCCUACUCAGCUCCAGACCCAUUGUCCACUUGGCUCCAUCACUCAAUGUGACCCCGGCAGCCAUCAGCGUGGUUCAGAGGGACUGUAGGCGGCGAGGCCAGGAUGCUGCUUGCCUGACCGCAGUCCUUUGCUUCCAAGUGACGUCUGGCACCCCUGGCCGCUGGGAUCGCCAAUUCGACAUAAGAUUCACCGCAUCGCUGGAUGAAUGGACAGCCGGGGUCCGGGCGGCUUUUGAUGGCUCUGGCCAGCGGCUGUCUCCUCGACGGCUCCGACUCAGUGUGGGAAAUGUCACCUGUGAGCAGCUCUGCUUCCACGUGCUGGAUACCUCAGAUUAUCUCCGGCCGGUGGCCUUGACUGUGACCUUUGCUGUGGACAACUCCACAAAGCCGGGGCCUGUGCUGGAUGAAAGUUCACCCACCUUCAUAGGAAAACUGAUCCCCUUCUCAAAAGACUGUGGUCCUGACAAUGAAUGUAUCACUGACCUGGUGCUCCGAGCUAAUAUGGACAUCAGAGGGUCCAGGAAGGCUCCAUUUGUAGUUCGAGGUGGCAGGCGGAAAGUACUGGUGUCAGCAAGUCUGGAGAACAGGAAAGAAAAUGCCUACAACACUAGCCUAAAUCUCAGCUUCUCGAGAAACCUCCACUUGGCAAGUCUCACUCCUCAGAGAGACAGCCCCAUAAAAGUGGAGUGCACCACCGGUUCCCCUCAUGCCCAGCUCUGCAGCAUGGGGCAUCCGGUCUUCCAGGCUGGAGCUAAGGUGACCUUUCUGCUGGAGUUUGAGUUUAGCUGUGUCUCCCUUCUGAACCAGGUCUGGGUGAGACUGACUGUCAGUAGCAGCAGCCUGGAGAGAAAUGGAACCCUGCAAGAUAAUACAGUGCAGACAUCUGCCUACCUUCACUAUGAGCCUCAUCUGCUGUUCUCCAGUGAGUCCACUCUGCACCGCUAUGAGGUUCACCCCUACCGGACUCUCCCAAUGAAUCCUGGCCCUGAAUUCAAAACCACUCUCAGGGUUCAGAACCUCGGUUGUUAUGUGGUCCGUGGCCUCAUCCUCUCUGCCCUCCUUCCAGCUGCAGCCCAUGGGGGCAAUUACUUCCUGUCUCUAUCCCAAGUCGUCACAAGCAAUGCAAGCUGCAUAGUCCAGAACCUGACGGAGCCACCAGGGUCCCUUGUGCAUCCAGAGGACCUUCAGCACACGAACAGGCUGAAUUUGAGCAACACGCAGUGUCAGGUGGUGAGAUGCCACCUGGGGCAGCUGGCAAAGGGAGCUGAGGUCUCUGUUGAAGUUCUGAGGCUGAUCCACAAUGAGUUCUUCCGGAGGGCCAAGUUCAAGUCUCUGACAGUGGUGAGCAGCUUUGAGCUGGGAACAGAGGAAGGCAGUGUCCUGAAGCUGACUGAAGCUUCCUGCAGGAGUGAGAACUUCCUCGAGGUGAUUCAGACUCGUCCUGUCCUCAUCUCCCUGUGGAUCCUUCUCGGCAGCAUCCUGGGUGGGCUACUCCUGCUUGCUCUCCUUGUCUUCUGCCUGUGGAAGCUUGGCUUCUUUGCCCGUAAGAAAGUACCAGGGGAGGAAAAAAGAAAAGAGAACAUGGAGCAAUGA